AUGCUCCGCUACAUGCAGUACCUGGCGACGACCUACCCCAAGCAGGUGGAGGUGCUGACCAUCGGCCAGUCGAGCCGGGGCCUGCCGCUGAAGGUGGCGAAGGUGUCUGUGGGAGGCCACCGCACCAAGGACGGCGAGCCCAAGCCAGCCGUGUGGAUCGACGGAGGGAUGCACGCGCGCGAGUGGAUCGCGCCGGCGGUGGCGCUGUACGCGCUGAAGCAGCUGGUGGAGAACGUGAAGGUGAACCGGCGCGUGGCCGAAGCCGCCGACUGGUACAUCCUGCCCGUGGCCAACCCCGACGGCUACGAGUACACGCACACCACGGACCGCCUCUGGCGCAAGACGCGCUCGCGCCACGGGGACGAGCGCGCCCGCGCGCGCCGCAGCGGCCGCUUCUUCUGGGACUCGUGCGAG